AUGGAUGUACACAUCGAACAUGUACAAUUGGAAUCUAUCAAGGGAAUAAACAAGAAUAUUUGUUCUUUACAAGUUGAUUCGAACUCAUUUGUUUUUGCUUUAAAGGAUGGGAAUAUUCAUUAUAUCGAUCUAGAUAAACCUUCUACAAUCAACAGUAUUAAAAUCCCACUUAUAGAAAACAAUCAAGGUAAUAAUGAAGAGUUGAUAACAUCAUGGUUAAAUACAGAUGGUACAAAAGUAUUAAUCAAAACCAAUUUUGCUAUGUACUACAUGAUAGACCUUAAAGAACUGCUCGUGAACACUGACAAUAAACAAAAAUGUAUAUAUGUUAUCAAGAAGUUAGCAAAGAGAGAAUAUGAUAUACUAUAUGUUCAAUGGUUAGGUUCCAACAAACUUCUAUGUGGCACCGCAAGUGGGAAGAUAAUAAGCAUCGAUUUCACUGAUGGUAUGAAGAACCCUACCAUAAUUCAUUGUUGGACAUCAGAUAAAAACAAACCAAUACAUGGCUUACUAUAUUGCCUUAAGUCAGGGAAUCUUCUAGUUGCUCUUAAAAAUCGACUAUUACUUUGGAAACCUGAAGAUAAUAAUCGAAAGUCUCCUAUAGAAUUAUUAAAAACUAAACCUAAAGAGAAUGAGAAUUUUAAAUACUUGAAUCAACAAAUGAGACAGACACAAAGUGAAACCAGAACGCGGUUUUCUUCCUUAAAUAACAGUAUAUUUGCAUGGACAACAUCUUCUGCAAUUGUAUAUGGUGAUAUAUCAAUGAUCACGACAUCUAAGGAGAGCGUUUUGAAUAAAGCGAAAAUCAUAUUUAACAAUGAAUUAUUUAAAAACAACAAUGAAAGUGUCACUAGAGAUGACACCCCUGUAAAAGAUGUUAUUUUAACGAACUACCAUAUCAUAAUUUUGAAAGAUUCUACUUUAACAAUGGUAAACCAGUUAAACAACAAAAUCGCGUAUCAGGAGUCAAUGCAGUCGCCAGUCGAUAUUCAAGGUCCUUCGAGUGAGCAAUUUAUAGGGAUAACCGUAGAUAAUUAUAAUGAAACUGAGGGUCAUACAUUUUGGUGCUACUCUAAUUCUAAUAUUUAUGAAAUCAUUGUGAAUAACGAGCCACUGGCUGUAUGGGAUUUACUUUGUAAACAAAAAUCAUUCGACGAGGUACUAUCUUUACCAGGAUUAAAUCAUUCAAUUAGAAGUCUAGUAAAUCUUCGUAAAGGAACGUUUUUAUUUGAAGAUGAGAAAGAUAUACUCGGUGCAGCUAAAUAUUUUGGGCAAUCAGAUACAGCCACGAUUAGUGAAAUUGCAUUGAAAUACAUGGAUGAUGAAAAAAAUGAAAACAAAGGUACAACCACAAGCGCAUUACAAGAAUACUUAAUAAUGAAAAUGAAUCGACUAAACAAACCAAAUAAUGAAGAUAUCAACAAAGUUCCAAAAAUGCUACUGUCAAGUUGGAUUAUUUGGAACUUCAUGAAACAAUUAAACGAUAUAGAUGAAAAAAUUAGUCUCGAGGAUCAGAAUGAUGAAAAAACGUUAAUAGCAAGAAGAAAUGUUUUACAGGAUUCCUUCAAUAAUUUUUUAAAAAGUAACAUACCUUCAUUAGAUAUUCCAACUGUUUAUCAAAUUAUUACAAACCAAAAUCGUACACAUGAUCUACUAUUCUUUGCAAAUCUAAUUGAUGAUUAUGAAUAUAUGAUCUCUUAUUGGAUUAAGCAUGGAAAUUGGUAUGAAUCCUUAAAGAUCCUACUUAAAUACCCAAACCCAUCUACAGUUUAUAAGUACUCUACUAUUUUAUUAGUAAGCUCUCCAGAUGCGACGAUAAAUGCAUGGAUGAAAAUAAAACAACUAAAUCCUGUCAAUUUAUUACCUGCAAUUCUAACAUUCUUUACUAAUUUUCAAAAAAAUUUGAUAAUUGCUGGCAAUGAAAAAUCACCUAAAACAAAUUAUGGACUGACUUACCUUUUAAAUUAUAUUAACGAUAAAACGUCAACAAGUUCAAAUAUACCGUCCAUUUUAUACAAUACGGCACUGUAUAUUAUGAUAGCCACCAAAAAUACAGUUACCAAAGAUGAUCAGAAAAUAAUUAACUUUUUGAAAAUCUAUGAAGGGAAUUAUGAUAUAAAUUUUAUAUUGCAAAUAAGUAUGAAAUUCAAGUGUCAUGAGGUUGCAAUGUAUCUAUUAUCAGAAUUAAAGCUGUAUGAAGAAGCUAUAUCUAUUGGUAUAAAAUAUGAUAUAAUUGAAGAAGCAAAGACAAUUAUCAAUAAGAUCGAUCUAACUGAAGAUGCAGAAUUGGAUCAAGAGAAAUUAAAGAAGAGGUUAUGGCUGAAAAUUGCAACUCACGCAUUAUCUAACGCUUCUUCAGACUCAUUAGAUGUUAAGCAAACCAUUAAUUCUCUUUUGGUAGAAUCUAACAACAUCUUAGAAAUAAAGGAUCUAUUAAUGCUGUGUAAAAAGACUACAACUAUUGCAAAUCUAAAAGACGAAUUGAUUAAGAGCUUGGAAAAUCAUAAUGAGAAAAUGAAUGUAAUUUCUAAAGAUAUCAAAAGGUCUAUUCUUUUAAAGGAAAGAAUAAAAGAUGACAUACAAAAUUUUGACAAGAAAUAUAACUUAAUCGAACCAGGCGAAUCUUGUAAUUACUGUGAUAAAUUUCUUCAAAGUCGGAAGUUCAUCAUUUUCCCAUGUAACCAUUGUUACCAUAAGGAUUGCAUCAUGAAAUUAAUCUUAAAUUCUACGGACUAUAAUUUGAUAAACGAGAUCCAGAAACUCACUCGAACAGUUAAAGAUGGACAUCCUGACCAAGAGACUGAAGAAAAACUUGAAAGGUUAUUAACUACUAAAUGCUAUCUAUGUAGUGACAUGAAUAUCAAUAAUAUUGAUGAAGCCUUUACGGUGGACGAGACUGAGAUGAAUAUGUGGAAUAUAUAA